AUCAAAUACGGAACUGUCCAUGCAGAGCGAGUCAACAAUGGCAGCGUGACUUUCUGACACAACUAUUUUACAAAGUUUAUUUUAUUGCAGACACCUCGCGUCCGUGUUACAACACAUCUGAUAAUUGUCCGUGCUUUCUUCAGGUGUUUAUGAUAUGUCAAAUCAAACAUGGUGGUUUGUUUCUUGAUUCACACGGUGUGUCCGGUGAGCGCUCUGUCCGCAGGCGAGUCUCGGAUACUGUACGCGCGAGUGUUCGGAUCGGAGACCGGGGAUGGUUGUGACUUCACACCCGAGCAGCGACGACUGAUGCAGAAAGAGAAACUUCACGUGGUAGCGAGGCAGGUGAGGAGCGCUGUGGCUCUGAGCAGGGAGGCCUCAGGAGCUGUGUGUGUGGAGGCAGUGCUGGGUGAGGAGGCUGCAGCUCUGGGUGAAGCCGACAGCGGUGUGUUUUCCCUGGGAAGCGCAGAGCUGUUUCCCGAUCAGAGUGUUGUUCUGUGGCUGGGAGUUCAGUCUCUAGCAUUCACUCUGGUCUGCAGUCCACACGAGAACCUCCUGCUCGCAGAGGGAACGCUUCGUAACAUUGCACGUCACUGCCUGGAGGAGCUACGUCUGCUGGGACCUGGUGCUGAGGUACUGCUGAAAAGUGAUCGAGUGGAUGCAUUGUUGCACAGACUGCUUCCCCAUGGUCAGCUCCUCUUCCUCAACCAUCGCUUUGCUUUCGCUCUGGAUAAAGAGAUAGCGAGCUACGUGAGCAAAUGAAACCAUCUGAGAUGGCUGAUUGACAAGACCCAAUGACGCCUUCUUAUCUAGGCCAAUGGAGCAAUCACACAAUUCCUGAAAAUCCAUUUUGAGCCUCUCUUUCCCCUGAUUUAAUAAUGACGAGUUACCUCUUUCAUCAUGCUGCGAUGGGAAUGAAAGGAGGGUAAGGGUGUCCACUUCUAGUAAUUGUGAGGCCAGUCAUAUCUCACAAGUACUGCGGUUCAGUAUGUUGACUGGUGAGUGUGAAGUUUUUCUGGCUUCCUUGUGUCAGCCGAUGUGUGAUGGUUGGCAUUCCUCUGGCAUCAAGCAUGUCAAGAGCCCCAUUAUGGCCAAACGCUCUAAAGCUGUGAAGUGCUGUUGAGACAACUUGCACUGAAAGUACCUGUAGCACAUUUACAUGCCCUCACAAUAGCAUUUGAACUGAAGUAGUCUGCUGCGGUCACAGAUAACUCAAACCUCUCACAGCAUUGCUGAGGAUGUUAUACAAUUUCACAUUUUCAGCUUUGAAGGUGUCUGUAUAUUAAUAUUUCUAAGUCCAUUUAAAAUGAUAAACAGUAGUUAUUCAUAAUCAGUUUGAGUUUUUUUGCUGCUAAGAUAUCCAUGUAAACACUGCAGUCAUAUGUGAAAACAGCUUUGUGCUGCACUCACACGAGUUGUAAUUGUGCUGUUGCAAUAUGUGCUGCACAAUAUGUUAAGAUUUGGGGCCUUAUUAAAAAUGAACGUCAACACACUUUCCUUAUGUUAAGCUGUUUUUGAAGCAUUUGCAGAGCUGUAGGUGCUACACACUGCCAUUAUCAGCAUAAAGUACAUUUUCUGAUGCUAGGAACAUCAAUUUAAUAUUGAAUUAUGUGGGCAGUCAUUUGUUAAUGAGUUUUGGUUUUCUGACAUCAGGAAUUCAAGGGUUUCCAUUAAGUUGUCUUUUUGACUUGGUAAGGAAGAUUUGUUUUUUGUUUUUUAUAGGGCAUGUUCAUUCAAGGAGAUAUUGUGACCACAAAUGAAACCUUAACUGUAUUCAUUUGUUCUCUCAUUUUAAAAAGAAGGUACAAAUUAAUGAUAUGGAUUCACAAAUGAAUGACUAGUAGUAAUAGCUGAACAGCAGUAAUAAAUAAUAGACACAGUAAUAAUCCUAAUAUACAGUUUUUUUUAAAGCAUUAUUGAAAUGAAAUGCAUACUCUUGGACGAGGGAAGGGAACUGUAACAUGAAUUUACCUUUGAAAAAAAAGAGAGGGAUGUUUGACUCAUGAUUUCAUAAAUCCCCCGCAAUCCAUUUAGAUACAGAUUAAUUUAUUUUGAGAGACAUUUGAGUCACUCGGGAGAUGAAGAAAUGUAUAAUACAGAUUCUCUUUAUAACUCUUUAUAUUCAUCUCUCAAACACAUUACCCUUUUCUUUUCAAAACUGUAAAUUCAAGUUGGAGGCAAUUUGUCCUUAUACUCCUUGGUUGUUCCAACUGCCUCAAACACCAAAAUAAUAUUUAGUGUGUCAUUAAUUCCAGCAGAUUCAUCAUUCAUCACAAGAGGUUCAGAAAGCCUUGGUUUUAAAUAUAUGCUUGCAAAACACAAACGCAGUUAUUACAGAAAUCAUAGAGCGUUUCUUGACACAUUUGGAUCCACUUCAGCUGUGAAAUCUGUUAUUGAGCUGUCUGAUGAUUCCCUCCUAAAUUGGGGAAUAUUUUUUUUCUCCCAGGUCUUGAUUAGAGCCUCAAGUAAUCAUCUAAAUUGUGCUUCAGUUUGUGCUGAGUCUCUGCAUAGUAGUGUUAUUACUGUCACUCUCUUUUACCCCUUCAUAAUAAAAUAUCUGGCAUUUAA